AUGCUGCCGACGCCGGACACGGCGCAUGUGGGCCGUGCGCCAUAUGCGGAUAGUGUGUACGACCCCGCGGAGGACAGUUUUGCAUUGAUGGAUGCGUUAGAGGCGGAUGCGGAUGCACUGUACGCAUUGCAGUGUGGCCUGUGUGUAGAAAUUGGCGCGUUUGUACGCAAUAUUGUUGGAGCGGAUACGGCCUUUUUAUGUACAGAUAUUAAUGCUGCAGCGAUGCACUGUACAAAAGAGACGGGCGAAAAAAAUGCGGUGGUGCUGGAGCCUGUGCGCACUUCGCUGGUGGACGGCUUGCGGCUCGACCACAGUGUGGACUUGCUCCUCUUCAAUCCUCCCUAUGUCGUCACGAGUGAUCUGGAAGCGAAAACGGAGCAGGAGGAUGCGUCUCUUGGCGGCGCUCUUGCUGGUGGCGUGCACGGCACGGCACUGUUGCAGUGCAUCAUACAUACGCGGCUUGUGCAGCGCGUGUUGCGCCCUGGUGGCCGCUUUUAUUUUGUUGCGAUUCAGCGCAACGAGCCAGACGCGCUGGUGGGCCAAUUUGCCGCGCUUGGGCUGGAUGCGGGGAUUGUGUUGAAACGGCGCGCAGGGCGCGAAUUUCUACAUAUUGUGCGGGUUAUACGCCCAUAG